AUGCGUGAGGUGUGGCUGGCAGAAAGAGACCUAGCCGACGCCGAUCCCGCAGGUGUGCGACCUAGGCCAGUGACGAUGCAUUUUGUCCGAGAUGCGGCCCGGGACGACGGGCGAAACAACCUGCCUACCGCAAACGAAGUUGCGGCCGUGUUCGUAGGUGAAGGGGGUCGUCCACCAAGAGACAUUAAUCUGGUCAUCUACGAUACGAAUCCAAUCAACCCGCAACACAGGAUGCAAACCAUACCAGCGGGGUCGUGUCACUCGGAUCCGAUGUUGUAUCCGCUGUUUUUCCCGUACGGCGAGGCCGGUUGGCAUAACGGGAUGUUGCAAGCGGGCAACCGACGAAACAAUGUCCGCAAUCGCAACAGUAUCAGAGAGUUUGCGUGCUACCGUUUGGCUGUUAGAUAUCAGGGAAAUAACGACCAAAGGCAUGAACUGUUUAGUUUAUUACAUCAAGGUCGGUUCUUGUUGCAGAUGUAUGUGUGCGACCAGUAUGUUCGAAUGGAGUCGAACAAUCUGAACUACAUACGUUUGCACCAGAGGGAUCUCCUCGCCGAAGCGUAUCAAGGGCUCAUGGACCAUGUGAACCAACAGCUCCACGUCGAUCCCAUGGCGGUCGGGCGUAGGGUCAUAUUGCCGUCGACGUUCACGGGUAGCGACCGAUUCAACAAGAUGAAUUAUCAAGACGCCAUCACCAUAGUGCGUACCAAAGGGAAACCCGACCUGUUCAUAACGUUUACGUGCAAUCCCAGGUGGCCAGAGAUCACUGAAAACCUGGCUGCCCACAGCACGGCAAGCGACAGGCCGGACCUGGUGGCCAGAGUGUUCAACAGUAAGCUACAGGAGCUAAUAGGUGACAUAACUGUACAUCGUGUGUUUGGUAAUGUCAGCGCUUACGUGUACACUAUCGAGUUUCAGAAACGUGGUCUGCCCCAUGCGCAUAUACUGAUAAUCCUGGCGGAGGACUUCAAUCCACAGUGUCCGUGCAUGGUGGACAACAAAUGCUCCAAAGAUUUCCCGAAAGCGUACGCAGAGGAGACUGUGUACGUUGCGGACGGCGGAUAUCCAAAGUACCGCCGACCGGAUGACGGCCGGGUGGUACUUGUGAGAGGUCGUGAGGUUGGUAACGAGUGUGUAGUGCCGUACAACCCUUACCUUCUGGCCAAGUAUGACGCGCACAUCAACGUCGAGAUAUGCACGUCCAUAAAGAGUGUCAUGUAUAUCUACAAGUAUAUAUACAAGGGACACGACCGUGUGACGUUGGAAGUUCAGGACCAGGAUGAGAUUGCCAAUUACGUAAACUCAAGAUAUGUCAGCCCACCAGAAGGCAUCUGGCGGUUGUUUUCGUACAAAUUGCACGGCAAGAGUCACACGGUCGUCAGACUUCCUGUCCACCUGGAGGGUCGUCAGAACGUGUACUUUGCGCCGGGCCAAGCAGAAGAACGGCUACAGAACCAAGCUGUGCGUAGUACGAAACUCACGCAGUUCUUUGCGCUCAACACAACAGACGUGAAUGCUCGACAAUACUUGUACCAAGAAAUACCGACGCAUUACACCUGGCAGAUGCCACGUAAUCAAGAAAACGUACUCGUAAGAAAUGUCACCCAAUGGUUGCCGCGGCGGAUUCGGAUGGCAAACGUUACGUUGGCUCGGAUGUACAUAGUAAACCCACUGGACCGGGACCGUUUCCACCUGAGAUUGCUACUUCUGAACCGAAGAGGCCCGAAGUCCUUUCAAGACAUAAGGACGGUGGACGGGGUCGUUCACGAAACAUUCACGGCGGCUGCCGUUGCACUCGGAUUAUUGGAAGACGACCGAGCGUGGCGGGAUUGCUUGACGGAAUCGGCGACGUUGGACACACCGCGGCAGCUGCGGUAUCUGUUCGUCACUAUACUGGUGUUCUGCGAGCCCUCAAACCCGCUGGCGUUGUACGAGGCGAACGAAGCAAACAUGAUGGAGGACUUCAACCGCCGUCUCCAAGACGUCGACCGCGCGAGGGCCGCGUGUCUGGCGGCCAUCGAGGAUCUACUUCGUGUACACCGAAAAUCGCCGGGCGACUACGGUCUGCCCCUCGCCGACCCCCGUCUACUGGAACCGCUGCUGGACGACGCGCUGUUCCGGGCAAUAGACGCGGCGGCACGGUGGGCCCCACAAGUAGACGCCUUGAACGCCGAACAGCGAACGGUCGGGAGGUGUUGUGCGUGGCGUUCACCGGUAUCGCCGCGUCGCUCAUGGACGGCGGCAUGA